AUGAUAAAGGAUAACAGCUCGACUGUAGCACGUGAAGCCGUGUUAAUAUUAUUGUGCCUGUUUAAAAAGAAUGUGUGGAAUGAUGCACGAACUGCCAAUACUAUUGCAGACUCAUGUUUGGUCAACAAGAAGAAAGUAUACGUCCCCGCUGUCCAGUUUUUCUUGGGGAAGAUGAAGGCAAUUGGUGAAUUGGAAAGUAGCAGUGAUUCCGAAUCAGAUGUUGAUGAAGAGACCAAGAUUAAACAAUUGCGCAUGGGUCAUCGUGUCGGUGCUAAGACAAAAGGACGUCAAAAGCGUCUUGAACGAUCCAUUAAAAAUGUUAACAAAGAAAAGGAAAGGAAAGUGAAAAAGCGUGCUGAAUUAACCAAUUUCCAUGCUUUAAAUAUGUUACACGAUCCACAAACGUUUGCUGAAAAGCUUUUUCGAAAACUGGAGCGUUGUUCAGAUCGUUUUGAGAUUCGUUUGCUUAUUCUCGAUCUGAUUAGUCGACUUAUUGGAUUGAAUAAACUCAUUUUACUGAAUUUUUAUCCCUUCAUACAACGAUUCUUACGUCCACAACAAAGAGAAAUUACUCACCUGUUACUGUACUCGGCGCAAGCUAGCCACGACCAAGUUCCACCAGAUGUGAUAGAACCCUUAGUACGUGUGAUUGCGGAUAACUUUAUUACUGAACGUGCUUCAUCCGAAGCAAUAGCUGUUGGCUUAAAUUCAGUCCGUGAAAUAUGCGCUCGUUGUCCGUAUGCAGUUACACAGGAUUUAUUGUCAGAUUUAAUUCAGUAUAAAUCAUAUCGAAAUAAAAAUGUUGUCGCUGCAGCACGAUCGCUUAUUCGACUUUAUCGUCAAAUAAACCCUCAACUGUUACCACGUAAAGAAUGCGGACGUCUAACAGAAUCACAAGUCGAUGUCUUAACUCAUGAUUACCCCAAUGAUGUGGCAAUUAGCUAUGGACAGUAUGUUACACCAGCUACAGUACCUGGAGCUGAAGUUAUUGUCUUAGCUGCAGAAAAACUUGGCAAAAAGAAGAAUCAUCAAUCUUCUGAAGAAUCUAAAUGUAUUGAAAACUCAGAAGAAUGUACUAAGGAAGGUGAUAUGUCAUGGGAAUCGUGUUCAGAUGAUGAUGACGAUGAAGAAGACUCAGAAGAUGGCGAAUCAUCUGGUGAAUGGGUAGAUUUAUCGCAUUCUUCAGAAGAAGAGAACGAGGAAGAAAACUCUGCUGAUGCUGUGGUGGAAGGCAAUGAUGUUGAGGAAAGUCAAUCGAAGAAGAAGAAGCCAAAUAUUGAUCCUAGUGUUUUAAAAGCUGAAGCUUUAGAAAUAGCCUCUUCAAGAGUAUUUGCACAAGAAGAGUUUGAAGCAAUGCGAAAAUAUCAACAGACAAAGCAGAAACGUUUUGCAUCCUAUGGUUCUGUACGCAAUAAACAAACAGAUUCAUACUUUACCAUCGAUUCUGAUGAAGAUGAAAAUGACAAUGGUAUCGGUGUACAAAAUAAAGAUGGCAGCCUUGGGAAUCUAGUCAGUAUGAGCGCAAUUACUCGACUGGUGAAACGUCCACGUCAAACAAAAGCAGAACGUAUGGAAACAAUUGAAGAAGGUCGUAUUGGACGUGAAAAAUAUGGUUUUAAGGUGAAUCGUAUGAAUGCCCAUGCAAGUACAACAAAUCGUGAAAAAUCAAAGAAUAAAGCUUUCCAAAUGAUCAAACACAAAGUUCGUCGUAAAGUAAAACGUAGCUUUCAAGAGAAACAAGUUGCACUAAGAGAACAUUUAAAACGACUGAUGAAGCGUUCACGAUGAAACACAACAAAACACAGACAACAUGAGAACAAUAAUCAACUUGGUUUGUAUCUUUUGUUAUUGUUGUUGAUUGGAUUGGAUUGA